UUUUUCUCAUUACCAGCGCACUGGGUUGCCAUCUCUCGUGUAUCUAACGACUGCACACAGGCUCGUUCUGUGUUGAUAGUCGUAAAAGCCCCCUCCCACAUGCCACCAAAUCUUACGCCCGCGGGGCCAGACAAUGACCGCGGACCACCCUCGGCCACAUCACUUCGACACCAGGACGAUGUUAUAACGCCGGUCCGCGAGUCGCACGGUCUCAUCAGCGACAAGGCAGGGAGGAGGUCUACUGAAAAAGCAGAAGGCCCUGAUGAAGUUUCGGUCCACGAUACGGGCUCAGAAAGGCGCCGAAGUGGACGACACAGCAGUGACAAUGACACCAGCAACAGGAACAACCACAGAUGGCGUGGCUACAUGAAGAGAGAUGGCAAGUUGAGGCCAUUCAGGCUGCUGAAGGAGGACUUUGGCAACUUCAGAUUGAGGUACCUCUCUGACUGGACCGUGUUCAAUCAGCUUGUCCUGGCGAGCGCGGUGUACGUCUUUUUCACCAAUAUCUUGCCCGGCAUCACGUUCGCGAGCGACUUGUAUGUUUUGACUGGGGAGUCGUGGGGCACGAUUGAGGUGGUGUUUAGUACUGGGCUUUGCGGCAUCAUCUUUGCCUUGUUCUCAGCUCAACCAUUGACGAUUCUUGGUGUUACGGGGCCGUUCUCAGUGUUGGCGGAGAACAUUUACACACUAUGCGAGAAUUCAUUCAAGAUCCCCUUCCUACCCUUCAUGGCCUGGUCCCUGAUUCACUCGGGCUGGAUGCACUUCCUCUUGGCCAUCUUCAACGCCCAUGACUACACCAUGCAAUACGUCACCGACUUCAGCGCCGACAUCUUCUCCCUCCUCAACAGCGUAAUCUACUUCCACAAGGCCAUCAGGGAGCUCCAGCGCACCAAAGCAGCCGUCUCCCUCGCCGCCUUCCUCUACUCCAUCAUCGGCGCCGCGGGCACCUGUCUCCUCGCCAUCGCCCUCUCGACGGCCGUGUCGUGGAAGCCGCUGUUCCACCGGUACAUCCGCAUGGGCCUGACCGAGUAUGCCGCCGCCAUCUCCAUCGUCUUCUUCAUCGGCAUGCCGUAUGUCGGCGACCUGGCGACCCUCGACCACAACAGGCUCGAGGUCUCAAAGUCGUUUCGGCCGUCGUCACCGAGCCGCGAGUACUUUUUCGUCGAGUUCUGGAAACUUCCCAUCGGCUGGAUCUUCAUCGCCAUCGUCCCCGGCAUCAUCAUAACCGUCCUCUUCUACUUUGACCACGAGAUCAGUAGCAUUAUCUGCACAGCCAAGAGGUACGGCACCCAGAAGCCCGGCGGGUACGCGUGGGACGUCAUGCUCCUGGGCAUCACGACAAUCAUGUGCGGCAUCCUCGGCAUCCCGCCCGCCAACGGCCUCCUUCCGCAGGCGCCGCUCCACUCCGAGUCGCUUAUGUACACCGUCUACGAGGACCCGCCGCCCGUCGACGAAGAAGCCGAGGAGGAAGGGCCCGGCGAAGGCCCCCCCGCGAAACCCGUCCAGCGCGUCCACGAGCAGCGGUACUCGGCCUUCCUCCAGGCGGCAGGCAUCCUGCUCUUCGUCUCGCCGCCCUUUCAGCACGUGCUGGGUUUCACGCCGACUUCGGUCCUAGCGGGCCUCUUCAUGUUCAUGGGUUUCCAGUCGCUGUCUGUGAACCCGAUCCUCACGAGGAUCUGGCACCUUCUGACGCCCAUUUCGGAGCUGCCUGCCUUGCCUCACGGCGCUAGUUGGAUAGGGAUUCAUUGCUACACGAUCGCGCAGAUCGUGCUCACGGGCAUCGUCUUUGGUGUCACGUUGACUGUUGCCGCACCCGGGUUUCCCAUCAUUAUCAUCAUUCUGGUGCCCGUGCGGUUGUUCUUUAUGAAUAAGGUUUGGAGCCGGCAGACGUUACGGUACGUUGAUGGAUGGGCGACGCGGGAGGGAAAGCCGGAGGACGACGAGAAUGAUCGGCGCCGGGAGGGUUUGGUUGCGUCGAAUGAGACAUCUAGGCGGGUUGAAUGGUUGCACCGGGUGAUGGUACCCGUCAGUGGCGGCAUCCUCAGAGGCUGCAGAGUCGAGCGGGCAAUGUGUGACCCCAUUGAGACACCUCGGCACGGCUGUUCGAUCACUCGAUAUGACAGGUGCCCUGAUUUUUCUGCUGUGACAACUUCACCUUCUGUCAGACUUUUACACGAUACCUCAGCUUCAUCAACUAUAAAGGCUGUCGGCACCAUGUCUCUGUCCGUGGCAGGAAAAUACGCAGUCAUCACCGGCGCAGGAUCAGGCAUAAACCUCGCCUUUGCAAGAUUACUCCUGGAAAAGGGCUGCUCCGUCAUAAUAGGCGACCUCGCCCUCCGCCACGAAGCACAAAAGCUCCUAGAGCAAUACCCUCACCCCCAACCCGGCAGUAACACCUCCAACAACAAAAACAACAGCGACCGCCCCUCAGCCCUCUUCCAAGAAACGAACGUCGCAUCUUGGCCCUCCCUAUCCCGUCUCUGGUCCAGCGCUCUCUCCUCCUUCCCCCAAAUCGACAUCGUUGUCCCCGGCGCGGGUCUCUUCGAACCAGCAUGGAGCUCCUUCUGGCACCCUCCCAAGACAGGAACGAACCCGGACAGUGAAUCAAGAGACGCGGCGGACGCGGAGCCGGGAACGUACGCCGUUCUGGACGUGAAUCUGACGCAUCCGAUCCGGCUGAGCCAGCUUGCGAUCGGGUACUGGACGCAGGAGGGGAAAGGGGGGUGUUUGGUGCACGUGAGUAGUAUCGCGGGGCACGCGGCGGGGAUCGGGUCGCCGUUGUAUAUCGCGAGCAAGCAUGGUCUUCACGGCUUUGUGAGGUGCAUGGCGGGGAUGAGGGAUCGCUUGGGGAUUCGGUGUAGUGCUGUUGCGCCUGGGGCCGUGAUGACUCCAAUGUGGUUGGAGGACCCGGGAAAGAAGCACAUGACGCAGGGCGAGGGCGUCGAGCUGUUCCUCGAGCCGGAGGAGGUUGCGAGUGGCAUGCUUGAGUUGUGCGAGAAUCCAGAGUACGGUAACGGGACGAUUCUGGAGGUUUCCAAGGGGGCUACGCGCGUGGUUCCUUUAUAUCGGGCUGAGCCGCCUAGUGGUGUUGGUGUUGUUUUGCCCAGGCUAGCUGAGAAUGCGGAAAAGGUGUGGAAGAAGCUUGAGGGUCCUGGGUUGCAGAUUUAG